AUGGCUCCUCACUCAUUGAUCGGGAAACCUGCUCCUGCUUUCACACUCCCCUCUACCAGCGGCGAAACCAUUACAAUCACCCCUGGUCAAACAGACGGUAAACCUCUGGCCAUUUUUUUCUUCCCCCAGGCUGGAACGCCCGUCUGCACCAAGGAGGCGUGCGCUUUCCGCGAUUCCCUCUCGGCUAAUGAUUUGUACACUGGAACAGGGGUGCAAAUUGUUGGUAUCUCUGCGGACUCAACCGAGAAGCAGAAGGCGUGGGUUAAACAACACAAUUUGACGUAUCCUGUGCUGUCCGAUCCUGACCGAAAGACCAGAAAGGAAUACAACGUCGGUAGCGCUCUCCUAGGCUUGAUUGAUGGCCGCUACACGUUCAUCGUUGAUAGCAAAGGGAUCGUGAGAGGCGUGGAAGAUUCCACUUUAAGUGCCAGCGCCCACACCAAAUUCGUUGAUAGUUGGCUGGAGAAGUUGAAAUCCGAGUGA